CGAGAUAGCCAUCUUUUCGAACCUGGACACGGAGAGCAUCGAGUAAACAAAACAUCAGAACUGUCCCGGCGAUGUCUGGGUGACGCGAUUGUGCGUCCAAUCCUGCCUCAAAAAUGGAUCCGACGCCCGGCAAAAAGGCGCCACGCCGAAAAAACAACCGGGUCAUCCUGCACUUUGUACAGCCUCCCUUCUCUCGCAUCAUCCUACCCCGACCUGCUCCACAUGACGCCGCCCAGGACAUCCCGUCUGACACCGUGAACUGUUUAUCUUAUAGGAUCUCGACUGUUUCUAUGCCCAGUGCGUCGAGAACCGGCAGCCGUCGCUGAAGACACUGCCCCUCGGCAUCAAGCAAAAAGGCAUCCUCGCCACUUGCAACUACGUGGCCCGUCGCCAUGGCGUCAAGAAAUUGAUGCCGAUCGCCGAGGCCAAGAUCAUCUGCCCGAACCUCGUGCUGGCCGACGGCGAGGACCUCUCCCCCUUCCGCGACGUGUCCAAGCGCUUGUAUGCCAUGCUCCGGUCUUACUCAUGGAACGGCAAGAUCGAGCGCCUCGGUCUUGAUGAGGUAUUUAUGGACGUCACGGACAUGGUGUCAUACAACGUUGAGCUCCUGAACCGGAAUGCCCUGCCCCAGUCCUAUUUUUGUCUGUCUCGGACGGACCCAGAGGCUGGCUUUGAGUACGAUGCUAUGUCGUUUGCGGGGUGUGUCUACGGAGAAGAAAGUGUUCAGAAUGUUGAAAAUCUGCUCUACAUGCGGCUUUUGCUGGGCUCUCACCUCGCCCAGUAUCUGCGGUUGAGGAUCGAGGACGAAGGGUACACCACGGCAUGUGGCAUAGCCACCAACAAGGUGCUAGCCAAGCUGGUCGGCGACAAGAACAAGCCGCGGAACCAGACCACCCUCCUCGCUCUCGGCGAAGAAGACAUCCUCAGUUUCAUGGACAGCCACCCCCUCCGUAGAGUGCCAGGGAUCGGCUUCCGGACCACCAGCAUCCUCGAGAGCUUCGUUCUCAAAAAAAAACCAGACACAAACAUGCACUCGAUGGAGUGUUCGACCACCGUAGGGCAGGUCCGCACGCACCCGUCUAUCUCACCGCCAAUCCUCGAGCGCCUCCUGUCCGGCCCGGGCGCGGAAAAAGGCCUCGGCAGCAAAGUCUGGUCCCUCCUCCACGGCGUAGACGACGCCGACGUCAAGCCAGCCCGCGACGUGCCCACCCAAAUCAGCAUCGAAGACACCUACAAAGGCAUUCAACCUCACGAGAUCCGCCGCGAACUACACGCCAUCACCGCCUCCCUCCUCCGGCGCAUGCACAUCGACCUUCUCGACGACACCACCACCACCACCACCAGCCCACCUCCCCCAACGUCAAACCAGCACCACAACCACCGCCACCCCUCAAGCAAAUCAACCCCAACGAUGACGGCAAAGAAAUGGCUCGCCCAACCAAAAACCCUCCGCCUCUCCACCCGCCAAUAUAUCCCCCUCUCAGAACACCAGUACCACCAACAAAACAACGACCCAUCCGCCUGGGCCCGCACCUCCCGCAGCUGUACCCUCCCAAGCUUCGCCCUAGACAUCAGCCUGCCUCUGGAACAAAUCGCCACGCGGCUCGUGGACGAGACGCUGCUGCCUCUGUUUUGGAAAAUGAACCCAAACCCUCCCGUCGAGCCAUCUAAACCAAAGGAUGCUGCUGGUGGUGUUAGUGGUGGUGGUGGGGGUGAAAGUGAACAACGGAAUAAGGCUUGGGGGAUCGGGCUGAUCAACGUCUGCGUCACCAACAUGGUCGGGGCCGGUAGCGCUGGGGCACGAGAUAUCGGGGAGAUGUUUCGGGGGGUACAUCGGCGAAACGACGGCACCGGGGCGGUGGUGGCGGAGGCCGUCGGGAUGAGGAGUCAUGACUGUGAUAAUGAUGGUGCUGGUGAUGAUGGACUUGGAGAACGGAGAAGGGAGGCAACGACGGGGUUGGAGGUGGAAAGAUCUGGGAAUGGUGGUGAUGACGAUCUUGAGGUGGUGCGGGAUGACGGAGAGGGAGAAGACGACGGUACAUGGGAUAAUGAUACUGAUACGUCGGAGGGGGAUGUAGAUCGGUGUGCGCUGUGUGACCGGUUCAUUCCAAGGUUUGCAUUGUCGGCGCAUGAGCGGUACCAUAGUAUGGAGGAUUCUUGAAUCCAGACUAAUGCAUCAAUGUUGAACACUGCUGCCUUGGUAAAGAGCUCCCCCCUCGCAGGACAACGAACCGAUACCU